AUGAAGGCUGCCGCAGCGGUCGUCCUCACUGCCUUGGUGUCGAGCACCCUGGCUUCGUCUCACAUGUCCACUUCGAUGAACCGACGACACCACAAACAGGGCCCUGUUUCUCAUGAGCAGGCCCUCGCCAAGCGCGCCACCUACUCGGGCAUGGCCACCUGGUAUGACGUCGGAACCGGUAACGCUGGUGCUUGCGGUCGCUUCCUCAGCCCCAAUGAGCACGUCGUUGCCCUCAACCAGCCCAUGUACGGUGACCUGGGUCAGCGCUCUUCGUGGUGCGGUAAGACCAUCGUCAUUUCCAACGGACAAAAGACCGCAACCGCCACCGUUGAAGACGCUUGCCCCACUGGUGGUGGAAACUGCUUCUACGGCUCUCUCGACAUGAGCGUCGGCCUCUUCACCGAAUUCACAGGCCUUGGCACUGGUGUCUUCCCCAUCACAUGGUGGCCUGCUGGCGAAGGUGGCGGAAACUCGGGCAACAGCGGCGGCAACAACAAUGGCGGCAACAACAACAAUAACAAUGGUGGUAACAAGAACAACGACGACAACGGCGAUGAUGGCCGGGCUGCUGCUGCCGCCGCCGCCGCUGCCAAGAAGAAGGCUCAGCAACAGGCUCAAGCAGCAGCCGCUGAAGCUUCUUCGUCCGCCGCUGCCGCCUCUGCAUCUGCCGCCGCCGCCGCUUCUUCCUCUGCUGAUGCCGCUUCGUCAUCUGCCGCUGCCUCUCGUUCUGCCGCCGCUUCGCGCGCUUCCGUCGCCUCGAUCACCAAGGCUGCCGCCCGCGCUAGUCAGUCCGCUUCCCGAGCCGCUGCUCAGUCGCGUUCCAGUGUUCGUGCCAGCAAGUCGAGGGCUGCUGCUUCCUCGUCUGCUGCCGCUGCUCAGGCCGCCGCCGCUGCCGCCGCUACCCCCACCGGCAAUCUCAACAACUUUGCUAAUCUGUACGAUGGUCUCUCCAAGAUCAUCCAGGAGCAGGCCGACUCUUAG